UAAAUAAUUCAAUUUUAAACUGGCAUAAAAGUGGGCAACUCUAAUGUUCGUUGAUCUCAAUCCCCUAUUUUACUUCAACUAUUGUGAAUUACACCAGAAAGUGUCACAUAUUUAAAUAUUCAAUUAAAAUAUGAAAAUGUCUUUGCAAAGUGUUGAUUUUUCACAAAUCUCUAAACACAUAUAUAAAAAUCAUAAUGAGCACGAAAGGAAUAUAAAAGAGUAUAGGGUAAAAACUUCAAUUAUUAAUCUGUCGGGGUUUUAUGAAAACUAUCAGCGUGAAGUUAAAGAAAUUAAUUCUGAAAUUACGCCCUCCAAGGACAAUCCUACAGUAGCGGACUUCGCAGAUAUAUUUAAAGCAUUUGAAGAGUAUCCCUCCAAUUUACACAAGCCUAAACGCCUUCCAACAAAAGAACAGCAACAGCGUAUGAAUUGUACAAUGGCAAGAGACAUGACCAUAAUGGUUAACACACGUGAACAAUCACCAUGUAGUACUUCACUACAAAAUAUAAUGCGUACUGCAGCGGAACUACCUUCAGCCUCAGAGAUCUAUAAUGACUUUAAGAAAUUUCAACAGAAACUUAUACAAUUUCUAAACGAAACACAGCAACAAGACGUAAGCGCUCUGUCCUAUGAAAAGAAAUUGGACCAAUUAUGUGCAUUCGGGAAGCAGUUGGAAAAACUAUGUCCAACUGUAAACGAUACUAAGCAAGCCUUCACACAUGAGGAGGAAAGAAAGUUACAAUCUAUACUUGCUAAUCUAGAAGAGCUUAAUUAUAUACGUGAAAAUCAAGAAAUAUUUACAAAUGGCGCGCCAACAGUAAAUGCACAGUCAGCGCGCACAGAUAGUUUCAUGAAUUUAAUCACAUAUUUAUUAAACACAGUUUCUAAUAUGUAAACACAAUUUAAAAUAUAAAAUGCACAGAUAAAUUAUU